AGAAGCGUGCGUGGACAGUAGGAAUUACGGAACGAAACCAUCGCAGUAAACAACCAUGGCGGAUCCGUUGAGUUUGCUUCGCCAGUUCAACGUAAAUAAAAAGGAGAUUAUUGAACGCGAAAACCAAAUUAUAUUUGGUGAAUUCUCAUGGCCAAAAAAUGUCAAGACAAACUAUUUGACAUACGGAUCUGGAAAAGAAGGCACUCCUAAAGAGUACUAUACCCUUGAGUGCCUUUUGUUUUUACUGAAACAUGUCCAACUCACGCAUCCAGUGUAUGUGCGGCAAGCCGCCGCGGAGAAUAUACCUGUGGUGCGCCGUCCGGACAGAAAAGAUCUGCUGGCAUACCUUAAUGGUGAAACAGCCACUUCAGCCUCCAUAGAUAAAUCAGCCCCAUUGGAAAUCCCAACACAAGUAAAACGGACUGCCGAAGAUGGGCUAGACGCAGGACUUUCUAAGAAGCCACGUUUCGAGGAGACACACGUUCAGAAAGUAAAGGAACAAUUGGCAGCGCGACUGGAUGCUCCAAAAGAAGCUUCUGUCACAGUUGACAAUAUUAAAUCUCUUUCAGAGGCAAUGUCUGUUGAGAAAAUUGCUGCAAUCAAAGCUAAACGUUUGGCAAAAAAACGUACCACAAUUAAAGAAAAUGACGAUAUCGGCAUGGGCUCGGAUUUGCGUGUUAUACUAGACAUGGAUGUCGAUGAUACUAAGGACAUCGUAUCUAGAGAAAGACAGUGGAGAACUAGAGCUACGAUACUUCAAAGUGCAGGCAAAAUGUUUGCCAAAAACAUAUUUGCCAUACUUCAAAGUAUCAAAGCUAGAGAAGAAGGCAGGAUGCAAAAAGGGCCUACGAUACCCGCACCAAUGGUUACACCGAGGUCUACACCUAUGCGCCCGUUGCCGCAACCAGCCGUCUACAAUCGUUACGACCAGGAAAGAUUUAUUCGGCAAAAAGAAGAAACUGAGGGAUUCAAAAUCGACACAAUGGGAACUUACCAUGGUAUGACGCUAAAGUCUGUGACUGAAGGUACCAAUCCUGCAAUAAGAAAGCCCACAGUCAAUCCCGCUGCUACACCAAGCUCCGGGUUACUUCCUGCAUCUGCUGCAAAACUAACUCCACAACAAGCAGCUCAGAAUAAAAGACCAAGUAGAACACCGAUAAUAAUUAUACCCAGUGCAACUACAUCUCUCAUAACGAUGUACAAUGCCAAAGAAGUAUUGCAAGAAUUGAAGUAUGUUAGCAAUGAAGAAAAGCGAGCGCAAGGUGGUAAAAGGGAGAAUGAGAUUCUUCUUCAGCGAAGAAAAGACGGUGGUCUCACUGUCCCUUAUAGAGUUGUUGAUAAUCCCCAAAAGUUGACCAAUGCAGAUUGGGAAAGAGUCGUUGCGGUGUUCGUAAUGGGCCCCGCAUGGCAGUUCAAAGGCUGGCCUUAUGACGGAAAUCCUGUUGAGAUAUUUUCGAAAAUUUGUGCCUUUCAUUUGAAGUACGACGAAAUGAAGCUAGAUGCAAAUGUUGCCAAGUGGGCAGUAACUGUUGUGGAAUUGAGUCGCACCAAGAGGCAUCUAGAUAGAGCAGCAUUGAUGGUUUUCUGGGAGCAAUUGGACAAACAUAUGAUCAAGAAUAAACCACAUCUGCGAUUUUAAUAACUGAACAUGAACCGUGACUCUAAGCAGCCUGUACUAUAUAGAUGAUAUGAUCAUCCACUCACAGCAUACACAUGCACCUAUAUUAAGUAUAUAACAUAACUAAUACGGUUUAUAAUUGUUAAAAAAAAAAGAGAGUAUAGCAUUAUCAAGUGUAAAUAUUGGUAUAAAAACGAAUAAAAUGAGUACAUAAA